GUACCGGUGGUGAGGAUGUGAGGAUCUACCCAUCACCGCGCGCUCCCACACUAAAUUACAACCAUUGUUCGCCCCUCGCCCCAAGUUUCGGCGGCACGCUGCGCUUCCUCCGCAGCUUGCACCCCAGCGCCCACCAGGCUCAAAGCACAGGGGGGAGACACAGGAGAAGGGACACCGGACCAAUCAUGGCCGAUGGCCCACCCACUUCGAUCGAUAUCGAUGGAUCUAGCAGCCGUGGCGCCGGUGGUCCACCUUCCUAGAUUUGACGUCGGAGGAGGCACCGGAUCGUCCAGCUAUUGGGAGCAACGGUUUGGGGAUGGAUACUUCGAUCCGUCAAGCUUCAUCCCGAGCUACACAACCACGGACAAGGUCUUGGCGAUCUUCAGGCUCGCCGUCGGGACCAUUCUCGUGGUGCUCGGAUCCUACCCGCUGGUGCGAUUCUACCGGUCGAGAUGGAUAUUGGAUAUUCGCACAAGGUGAAGGAAGAAGAACGGGUGGUGGUGUGACCUUUAAGGCAGCAGUAACCACCACACACAGCAGAUUACGACAUAUUUAUAUAGUAAUUUGACGUUGUUUUACCCCGAAAAUCUCGGAAAUGAACCAGCGUUGUUUGUGUCUAGAGUUUCGAGUUCUUCUGCAUUGCAUGUGGAUGGAAGAGGGCGUCGUUCAGUUCUUCGUGUACUGGGUGAGGCAUCGGCUCUUCUUGCAACCAUGGGGAGCGUUGUACCUGUCGACUAGAAGGACAUUCGAUUUCGUCGUGCUCGCAGGAACUCCUCUUGUAGACUACUGGUAAACGUUUUCGUUCCCCACAUUCUCGAGGUUUGCAUGACUCCCUGUGGCGUACAACACGCGACUCAGCCCAGCCCGGUUGCAGACCUGGAACCUGUCCAGGUGUUGGUAUCUUACUGUAGUCGAU